UUCAAACAAAACAAAUACGUUUCUUCUCUCCCUGCCUCUGUCUCCUAUUCGAGUCUGUGACUCUGUCCUUCCUACUCUUUCCCUUCUUUCUCUUUAAGCCUUAAAUUAACCCUCUCUCAAGCCCUUCAAAUCUCUCUCGGAAUGCAACAUCUCAGCUCUUGAGGUCUUCUUCUGCUUUGGCGUCUAAGCUGCUGUUUGAUCUCUGAGAAAAGUUCAAAUGGAAGGUGCUUUGGGGUUGUUGGGUGGUGGUGGUGGUGGUGGUGGUGGCGGGGGUUCAUCGGGAGGCUCGACAGAUGGGUCGAUGUCGACGGUGUCCAAGGCAGAAGUGGUGGAGCAGGACUAUGUGGGGUUGAUGUCUGAAGUGUCUUCCUACCCAGCUGAGGCUGAGCUUGAGUUGGGUCUUGGGUUGAGCCUCGGGGGUGCGGUGAAGUCCAAUCAUUGCCCCUGGAGGGAGUAUGGCAGAAUCCUGACUGCUAAAGAUUUCCCGUCUGUGGUUUCUCGUGGUUCUUCUGCCUCUUCUUCUUCGUCUUCCGGUAGAGCUAAUACGUCUGUGACUGCUAUCACUGGAACGAAGAGAGCUGCUGAUUCUGUUGCUCAGGAGGUUGGUCCGGCUAAUGGUGCCAGUCAGGUUGUGGGGUGGCCACCCAUAAGGGCUUACAGGAUCAACAGCUUGGCUAGCCAGGCGAAGGCGUCAACUGUUGAAGAAGAAGAUAGCACAGCUAUUGGGAAUGGUAGAAGUAAGGACUCUGCAAGAAAGAAUAUUAAUGGCACUAGCAACAAGAACAAUGGCAAUGUUCAAGAGAAUGGGCGCCUGAGAAGCUCCCUGUUUGUGAAGGUGAAUAUGGACGGACUGCAGAUUGGGAGGAAGGUGGAUCUCAAUGCUCAUGUUUGCUAUGAGACCCUUGCACAAACAUUGGAGGAAAUGUUCCACAGACCCACCACAACCGUCAAUGCUAUUCGUUCAAGUGGAGAGAACGAACAUGCAGUGAAGCCCUCCAAACUGUUGGAUGGAUCGUCUGAGUUUGUGCUUACCUAUGAAGACAAAGAGGGAGAUUGGAUGCUUGUUGGAGAUGUUCCUUGGGGGAUGUUCCUUAACACUGUGAAGAGACUUAGAAUCAUGAGAACCUCUGAGGCCAAUGGGCUUGCUCCAAGAUAUCCAGAAAAGGAUCAGAGACAAAGAAUCAAGCCCAUCUAGGUCCAUAAUUUUCCUUUUCUUGGUAAAACCCAGUAAGAAGAAGAAAAUCUACAGUUACAGUGAAAAUGCAAAGGAGAAAACAGAAAACCGAAGAUUCAAAGUAUUUUGUUCAGUAAAGAUCAGUCUUCCACCACUUAUUUGUUUGCCUUUUCUGUUAUCCUUUUUUUGACCCGUUUCCUGGGUAUCAUAGCCUUUUUUUUGUUGUAAGGCAUAUGUGUUUUAGUUUUCAGAAUCUCUUAUGUAGUGCCAUAAUGCACACUUAGCUGAAUUCUGCUUUCUCAUACUGUAAAUAUGGGACUGCUUGAUUUCUAGGGUUUUUUUGAGUUUUAUGCAACCUGAGUGGACUCAUGUUUCCUUUGUCAUGGUUUCUGAUGCUAAAGGUUUCCAUUAUGUUGUGAUUUCUUCUGUUACA